GUAUGUCGCAAUGGGUCGAUUGCUUUGGCCUGGCGGAAGUCUAUCAGGAGAGGACCGCGGCCGCGAGGACGGCGGGAAGGCGGGCAGCGUGUGAUGUCCUCGUCGCCCGAGAGCUUGAGCUGCUGGGUUUCGGGAGGCCACGCUGGCCCUGUUGGCACGACCAAGCAGGUCGGAGAGUUCAGUCGUGUUUGCACACGCGCUGGUCGAGUCCCGUUGUUGGCCAUGGAGAGCAUCGCCGAGGAAGACGCUGUAACAACACCUGGUGCAGUUGCCAUCCUGAGAAGGAGCAAACCGGGCAGGAGUUGCUUUCUUCCCAUAAAGAAGCACAAAGGCAGAAUAAUCCAUACCAGAAGUCUUGUGAUGGUUUCUCAGGGAAGAGACUGCCCCGGGGCACCCCGGGCCUCUCCCGUCUCCCUGCCGCUCCCGGCUCUCGGCAGAAUUUAGCAGAUUCAUCACUGUGCUCCAUCCUAGGCUCUGCUAUUUUUAGCUCUGUUGACUUCCCAACCGUAGGCAGACAACCAUGCGGUAGGCUAAGCACCUGGCAGGUGGGCAGGGGCGCCCCAGCAGAAGGAGAGGACGGCUCGCCCCGGGGGAAGGAGGGCCUGGUGUCUCAGGCAGGAAGGAUUUAGAGAAGCCGAGAUCAAGCCUGCGGCCCCUGGGGGGACUCCAGGCUGGUGACUCCGGGUUCCCGGAUGACCCCUCCUGUUCUCCAGCCCACGCCAGGCCGGCCCGCCACGCCUUGGAAGUCGCUGCUCUUCUGGGUGCACCCUUCACCCCACACCCUCAGGAGCCCACCGCCACGGCCACCACCACGGCCCCUCUCCAGCCUUUCCUCUGGCUCGAGCUCUCGUCACACCACUUAGGUUCAUCUGAAGUUUGACAAGAAGGUGGCAGAGUUUGCUUGUUGAUGGACACCACCCCCACCCCCCACCGUGGGCUCUGACCCACGUCCGCCGGGAGGAGAACCUUGCGUGACUCCGCCUGGAACGCCGCCGUGUGUCCGUGACUUUCAGUAAAUAAAUCGCGCCAUCAGGGGCCAGACAGAUCCUCGCCCUCCCCUCACCUGUGAAGCUGCUGUCGUGGCAGCUGGACCGCCGCUCACUCAGGUCCCCGGUGACUGCCUUUUCGCUCUGGCCACCCCGGCCCGUCAUCGGCGUCACCGCCCCGCAGCGCGCGGCCAGCUCACCUAGCCGCUGCUGCUUUCUGUCUGGUUCUUGCCUUCAGUCUGUCCUCGGGGGAGUCGCCUUAGAGCCUCAGCCUGUUUCUGGGAGUCUCAGCUGUGCUCUUUUCGUUAAAAAAAUAAAAAACAAGAAAAAAUCGGGAGGGGGGGCAGCUUUAUUGAGGUAGAAUCGACAAAUAGAAAUUGUAUAUAUUUACUUGGUACAAUGUGAUUUUAAGGUGUGCAGUGUGAUGACUCAAUGUAUGUAUAUGUUUUCCAGUGGUGAGAACACUUCGGAUCUACUCUCAGCAAAUUUCAAGAAGCAUCCAAUACAGUGUUACUUACUGUAGUCACUGUGCUGGACAUCAGAUCCCCAGAACUUACUCUUCUUAUAACUGAGGUUGUACCGGCUCCCAGCAGCCUCCAUUCUACCCCAGGCUCCCGGAGGUCCACUUUUUUAGAUUCUACCUAUUAGUGAGGUCAUACAGUAUUUGCCCUUGUGUCUGGCUUAUUUCACUUAGCGUAACGCCCUCCAGGUUCAUCUACGUUGUGGCAAAUGGGAGGAUUUCCUUCCCUUUCACUCUUUAUCAUAACAGAAACAUGUUCUUCUCCAUCUGAACUUAGCCUCUGAACCUCAGAGACAUAACUAAUGUCCAAAGGCAGUGAUCCAGAAAAGCCCACAAUGGCCACCUUCUGGCUACAGGAGCUCUCGUGAAACCCAGUGCAACCCUGACACUCAGUUUGGCAAUGUGACAGCUUUUUCUCCCCUAACAGAAUGGAAUAGGUAGUCCUGAAUUUAACCCUCUUACCAGCUGUGGACCUUUGACUACCAUCUUAUGAUCCUUAAGUUACAAACAUCAUGGGAAAAGUCAAACAUGCCAGGGACAGUUGAACAGAAAUUUCAGGAAGUUCUCCCAUUUUUAAUGACUCAUUUUUAAUGAGCUGCUAAAUUACCCCGAGAUCACUUUCUUUUGGACUUCUUAUGGCUUAAACUGCUGUUGGGUGGGUAUUCAAUGGAGGGAAAAAAUCCUAACAGGGUGUGGGAUUGACCAAGGGUUUCUUACUUGCACAUAUAAAUCCUUUUAUUUUUUUAAAUUUUAUUCCAUUAUUAUUAUUAUUAUUAUAUCAUUAUUUGCACACAUAAUUCUUUAUCAAAUUAUCAGUGUACAUUUGGGUUUACCUAUAAUUUCUGUUCAUAUCAGUUCUAUUAAAAUCAGGAAGAAGGAAAAAUGCCUAUUAUUUCUUCUGUGAUUCCAUAUUGUUUUAUAAGAUUUAGCCAAUAUGAUAAGGAAAUAAAAUAAAACAAUUACUUUAAAUAUUGGUAAAUAGUAAAUUUUUCCUUUUAGGAUUAGAAUAUUGUUUUCCUAGAAAGACUAAAAAAUUCUACCUUACGUCUCAGUUUCAUCAUCUGUAAAACUGAUACAAUAGUAUCUAGCUUUUAGAAAUAUUGAUUAAGUAAGUUAAUAUACAUAAAAAAACAGAAUAAUGCCUGGCCCAUUGGUAGUUCUUGUUGUUAUUAAAAUAAUGGAAUAAGGUGGGGUGCCUGGGUGACUCAGUUAAAGAUCUGACUCUUGAUUUCUGCUGAGGUCAUGAUUUCAGGGUCAUAAGAUGGAGCCCCACUUGAGAGUCCCUCUUUCCCUCUCCCUCUUCCCCCCAAACUAGCACACACUGUCUUCCCCGCCCCCCAAAAAAGAAAAGAAUUGAAUAAGGUAACUGGACACAAAAUUAAAGUACAAAAAUAAGUAGUUUUACUUUUAAUCAACAGAAAUUUGUCAGGAGGGAGGAAAUCCCACUUUUUAAUAAAAAAAUCAAACUGUAAAAUGCCUAGAAGUAAAAUGCACAAGAAAGGCAAAAGAUCUAAAGAACUAACUAUGAAUCCUUAUUAAAAUGUGAAAAAAGCCUAAGUGUAGUAACAACUGACUAAGAAUGAUAGAGGGGCAUCUGGGUAGCUCAAUUGGUUAAGUAAUUGAUUCUUAAUUUCCUUGAUUUCUGCUGGGGUCAUGAUCUCAGGGUUGUGUGAUUGAGCCCUCCUUAAUCUCAUCCAGCUCCUGGCUCAGUGAGGAGUCUGCUUCUCUCCUUCUCCCUCUUCCUCUGCCCCUCUCCCCACCCAUGGUUGCAAGGUCUCGCACACUCUCUCAAAUAAAUAAAUAAAUAAAUAAAUCUUU